AUGUUAAGAAGAAAAUUAGAAGCUGUUGGAGAUACAGUAGAACUAUUUCAUUUUAUUUUACAUCCAAAAGAUGAACAAAAUUUAAUUCGUGAAGAACAAGAUAAAGGAAAAGAAUUAUAUUCACUUUUAGUUCAAUUUGAAAUUAUUCAAGGAGAUACAAUAAGAAAAAUAUUUCGAAAUAAUUCACAAGAACGAGAUAAAAUAGAAAAGAUAAUUCGAAAUGAUCUUGAUCCUUCGAUUGCCGAUUCAUUAAUUAGUUUAUUAAAUAAUUUACCAUUUACUAUUAAAGAAGAAGAAGGAAAUAAUAUUCGAAUUUAUCUAAAAGAAAAAAAUAUUUUAAAGUCUGGUGGACUUGCUAAAUAUAAAUAUGGAGAUAUUAAAAGAAAUAUUGAAAGAAUUUUAAAUAAAAUUUUAAAAAAUAUUCAAUUUGAAAAUGAUAAAGAAUUAAUUUUGUCGAAAAUUUUGUCUUUACAAGGAGAUAUUCGUUCAUUUAAAACAGGUUUAAAAGCUAAUUUAAAAGAUUUUAUAGAUCUUCAAGAUCAAGAAAAUGUUCCAAGUGAAUUAAGAUUUUUUGAAGGUUUUAAUCUUAAUAAAUUUUUGAUUAUUGAAGAAGAUAAAUCUUGGUGGGAUUGGAAUGCUUUUGCCGUUGCAAUGAUAGGACUUGUUCAAGACAUUGCCGAAGCUGUUUUAGUAGCCUUUGGUUUGACUCAGAUAGGCAAUGCUUUAAUAUCAGGUAUUUUUAGUUGGAAAGAAUGGGCAAUACAAAAAGCAUUUAGCUUCGGUCUCUCUAUGUUGACUGCUGGAAUUGGAAAGUUUUUGACGGAUAAAAUUAUGGAACAGAUACAAGAAAAUGUUAUACAAAAGAUUGUUAGUAAAAUAGAAGAAAAUUUAUUAAAAAAAAUAAUCGGUUUAAUAAAUAAUAAAGUAGAAACCGCUUUAUCUUCAAAGUAA